AUGAAAACCUCCAUUGCCAAUAACAACGAGCAGCUGGACUCCUACAUUAGUCGACUUUGGAAGACAAAAGAAAAGGGCAACAGGAUGCUAAUGCUGACGAGUGAUGAGAUGACGAGCAUUUGUCGGAGCGUUCGCAUGCUAUUCCUCUCCCAGCCCGGCCUACUUGACCUUGGGGGACCAAUCAAAAUUUGUGGCGAUAUUCAUGGACAAUACAGUGACUUGUUGCAUAUUUUUGAGCUAUGCGGACUACCGGACACUGUGAACUACUUAUUCCUGGGUGACUACGUAGACCGUGGGAAACAGAGCCUGGAGACGAUAAGUCUGCUCUUUUGUUAUAAGCUACGCUACCCAACGCGGUUCUUUCUCCUUCGUGGGAAUCACGAAAGCCAGGCGAUCACACGGAUCUACGGUUUCUUCGAGGAGUGCAAGAGACGCUACUCCGUGAAGCUGUGGAGGACCUUCAUCGACGCAUUCACCUGUAUGCCGGUGUGCGCGAUAAUCGAGAAUCAGAUAUUCUGUUGCCACGGCGGCCUCUCACCGGAGAUGCUCACGCCCGAACUCACAAGCCUGGGAGACUUAAAGCGGAAGAUUAGGGAGAUUGUGCGACCUUGCGAGGUGCCAGACUGUGGCUUGCUCUGCGACCUUCUUUGGUCCGAUCCGUGGUACCUCGAGUCGGUUGGUGAGGCACAGGAGCCCCAUGGCUGGGAGCCCAGUGAGAGAGGCGUGUCGUACAUGUUCGGACCGGAUGUUAUUGACCGGUUCCUGGAGAGGUUCAACCUCGAUCUCAUUUGCCGAGCUCACCAGGUCGUGGAGGAUGGCUACGAGUUCUACGCCAAUCGCUCCCUCGUGACGAUAUUCUCGGCCCCGAAUUACUGCGGGGAGUUCGACAACGCGGCCGCCGUGUUCUGUCUCAGUCGAGUUACUCUUACACCCGGUCCCUACGACGACGCAUCGAACCUCCUGACGGAGUCGGCGGCUGCCACGCGGAACCAAGAGGACAUGGACCUGGAGGGGAGCUUCCACAUCAUCCGCGCUGUGGUCCAAAGGAAUUCACGGAUUUCUACGUCCAGUGCCCAGGUUAACUCUAACCCAGCGCAAAAACCAGACUAG